AUGAAUUGCAUCAUUUGGAACACUGGGGGGGCCAACAAUGCUGAAUUCAAGAGGCAUUGCAAAGCCAUGAUAGAGAUGCAUAAGCCCAUUAUCCUGGCACUCCUUGAAACCAGGAUGGGGGAUCAUAACAAGCUUGCUGAGGACUUGGGGUUCUCAAACAAAAUUCAAUAUCCUACUGUGGGGACAUCAAGGGGUCUGGUCAUUAUGUGGAAUGAUCAUAAUAUUAGUAUUAACGACAUCAACAUCUCCCCUCAAGGUAUCCAUACAACUGUUCAUGUUAGCAACCCUCCUUCUUAUUGGUACUUCAGUGCUAUCUAUGUUAGUAACCACUUCCAAGAUAAAAAAGUUCUUUGGAAUCAACUAACAGACCUUUCUGAUACCAUUAAUAAUGACCUUCAAAUAGCCUGGUUGGUGGGUGGGGACUUCAAUGAGAUUCUGUCUUCCUUUGAGAAAUUUGGAAGAAAUAAUUUUAAUUCCACUAGAGCAUCCCACUUUUGGGACUGCAUCAACCAAAGUAACCUCAUUGACUUAGGAUUUAGAGAAAGCAAGUUUACAUAG